GGCCCUGCAGUUGGUACAACAGGAGGUCUGGAAGCCAGUAGCAGCGGCCUACCAGAAAGAGGUAGAAUCACUCUUCGUACCUCAUCCCUUUAUGAUCGGUAACACUGUCUGGGUCCGGAGACACCAGAUCAAGAACCUAGAGCCUCGCUGGAAGGGACCCCUAUACUGUACUUCUGACUACCCCUACGGCAUUGAAGGUAGACGGCAUUGCGGCCUGGGUCCACGCCUCACACGUUAAGGCCGCCCGACCAGAACACUGCACCGAUACGCCAGCCCAACAAAACCCAGAGUCAUGGAGGCUCCAACGCUCUCAAACCCCUUUAAAGAUAAGAUUAAUAUGCCAAUAAUAUGUUUGAUCCUAUUACUGCUAGUUGAUGAUGCGCUAGAGAGCCCCCAUGCUGUAUAUGAAAUAACUUGGAAGAUUAUCAAUCAGGAGACCGGGGCAAUCGCUAACUCCACUACCAUUCAGGGUACCGUAAAUGCAACCUUUCCCUCUUUGCAUGUGGAUCUUUGCGACCUAGUGGGUAAGCGAUGGGAUCCCUCGGAACAAGAGCCCUUCCCCGGCUAUGGUUGUCGGUACCCGGGCUGGCGCAUGUCCACGCGCAAACUUGACAUAUAUGUUUGCCCAGGCCAUAACCGUGAUAAAGGGCUCCAACGUAGAUGUGGUGGACCGGGAGAUGGGUAUUGCGCUGAGUGGGGAUGUGAGACCACCGGAACCACUUAUUGGAAACCCACUUCCUCCUGGGACUUAAUCACCCUCCAGCGAGGAACUAUCCCGGGGUAUAAUGGAGGCGGCCCCUGGACUUGCGGGGGACAGGAUUGUGGACCAUGCUAUGAUUCAAGUUCCAAACUCCAGGGUAGCACCCCUGGAGGAAGGUGCAACCCCCUAAUAAUUACUUUUACGGAGGCCGCUAAGCGGUCAGCAUGGGAUGCCCCCAAGGCUUGGGGGCUACGGCUAUACCGUACUGGAACGGACCCCGCAGCCACCUUUCUAAUCUCCAGAACCAUAACCCCCAUAUCUGUGGCGUCUAUUGGUCCAAACUCUGUUCUUCUUGACCAGCAGGGCAGGCCAUCCCAGAGCCUCCCUAGACCCAAGCCUAACCCCUUGCUGUCUGACAAUACAACCAACACCACCACCACCACUCCUAUAAGGCGGAGGAUUGUUGGCUCUGCUUGACAGCGGCUCCCCCUUAUUAUGAGGGCUUGGCAUGGACUCUGACCUUGCCAGCAAUACAUCUCCCCCUUCCCGAUGCAGCGAAACACCUAAUCAUAAACUAACUCUGCCCCAGGUGACUGGACAAGGAUUAUGUCUUGGAAAUGUUCCCACAUCGUCUCAAUAACUGUGUAACCGUACAGUCUCAGUAACUCCCAGUAACUCAUACCUGACCGGCCCUGAUGGGACUUAUUGGGCCUGCAAUACGGGACUGACUCCUUGUGUCUCAGCCUCGGUUCUUAACAUGACAGCUGAUUAUUGUAUACUUGUCCUUCUAUGGCCCGUAUUACCUACCACUCCUCAUGGACUGUGCUAGGAUACUUUGAGAAUCGUUAUCUAUUCAAAAGGGAACCUGUUUCAGUAACAUUAGCUCUUCUUUGGGGAAUUGGGGGGAUAGCAGCUGGUAUAGGGACCAGUACCACUGCCUUACUUAAGAGCAAUCAGAAUACGCAGCUCCAAGCAGCCAUGAAUGAGGAUCUACAGGCCUUAGAAAAAUCAGUUUGGGCCCUUAAGGACUCUUUGGUUUCAUUAUCCGAAGUGGUCCUAAAGAAUAGAAGAGGACUAGAUGUCCUAUUUCUUAGAGAGGGAGGCUUAUGUGCCGCCUUCAAAGAGGAAUGUUUUUAUGCAGACAAGAGUGGGGUAGUAACCGAAACUCUGGAUAAACUCAAGGAGAGGUUGACUGUUCGGCAGAAGAAAUUUGAAUCCCAACAAUACUGGUAUAAGGGUUGGUUUAACAAAUCCCCCUGGUUUGCUACCCUAGUCUCUACUCUUAUGGGCCCCUUAAUUAUUUUCAUACUUGUGUUAACCUUUGGGCCUAGCAUUCUCAACAAACUAAUUCCAUUUAUGAAAGAUAGAUUAACAGUAAUUCAAGCCUUAGUCCUAACUCAACAAUACCAUGCCCUCAAAUAGACGGAACCAUUAGUAAACCUUAAGUAAAGAGGGCUGGCCAGUAGGUAUAAGAUUCUACCUAUGCACAAGAACAAGGGGGGAAUGAAAGACCCCAAGCUGGGGACUCCUA